UUAAAGGUUGGAGAAUGCCUUAUAUUAUCAUUAGUUGGGAUUCCUAUGUGUGAUGUGUAAUAUUCUGGUAACUAAAAACUAGGUUUUAAAAAUUUGGCACGUUGCCAAUGUUUUGUACAUUUCCAGUUAGGAAUGCAGUUAUUUUGGGAUACAAGGACCGUUCAGUUGUAGCCUACUUAUGCAAAGAGCAACAUUCUACAAAGCAUUCCUCUUCUGAUUACAUUCGGACGCAUGCGCAGUAAACCAAUUAAAUGUCUAUGUAUUUAAGCCGAACUGUGAUCUCUUCUCUGACGUUGUGAAGGUGCGGAUCUGCAAACAUCCAAGUACCUUUUCAUAGCUGGAACACAACACACCCAAGGCCAGCAUCAGCUCCCACCAUGGCUAGUCAACAAAGCUUUAUGCAGCGUCUACCAAAACCUUCCAAAGAAGUAAAAGCUAGUUUGAAAACUGGCUGUAUCUUUCCUAUCGCUCAGAUUGCCAUCGGUGCUGUGUACCUGAAUGACUGUCCCAGGCAAGAAUAUAUCCCUAUCUACCUGAUAGUGGCCGGUGUGUUUGGGCUGGUCCUUGGCCUGUUCUCCUGCCUUCCCUGCACCCAGAAGCCUGCCGACAGCCCCCACAACCCUGCCAGCCGAGCCUGCUCCGUGUGGAGCAGCCUGACCUCCACCUUCCUCUUCUGUUGGUUCAUCUGUGGCAACGUGUGGAUCUACUCCAUCUACCCCCCCAACUACAACCAGACUCUGACCCAGACGGAUGGGCCCUACUGCCACAGAACCCUGUAUCUCUUUGCUUUCUGGAGCACCACACUGACAUACAUCCUGCUGGGUGUGUUUCUGCUGGUGGCCUGCUGUGCCCUGGUCUGCUGCUGCAUCCUGGGAAUCAACGAUCCAGACGACAAUGCGGUCUGAGGAUGGAGGUGUGGGGUGGGGAGAGCUGCGUUUGGGAUGGGAGAGCAGAAG